GGGGGAGAAGGAGAGAGACUCCGAGCGGAAACUCAUUACAAAUCAAUUAACUUCACUCUCACGGCCGUCGUAUAACGACUUCUACAUUUAAGAAAAGUAUUCUGGGCUCAUAAAAUCAAGUCAGCAAGCUUGAAAACAUAUUUGAACGAAAUUCAAAACUGGACUGCACACCUGCCUUUUGAGACAAGUACACGAACUCGUGCUUUUUUUUAACCAUUCAUUCUUUGUUGCGUGAACUGCAUGUGAACUUCUGAGAGAAUAAAAUUCGUCUCUCAAACGAGUUAAAAUGACGUUAUCAUCAAAGACCCCCAUGGCCCUGGCGGCCAUCUUUGAGAGUCCCAGUGAUGACGAGGACUUCCUGGGUUUUGCCAUGUCAGUGCCUAGUGACAGCGAAUCAGACGACAGCAGGGACAGCCUUGCCUCUGAGGACUCUGGGAAGCCGGCUGUGUGUUUCAGGUCAAAGUUUGUGACCGCUGAGUUGUGCGUGGCGGAGGGGAGUGACGCUCUCCUCUCCUGUUUUCGGUCGCUCCAGUGCGUGGCGGAGGGGAGUGACGCUCUCCUCUCCUGUUUUCGGUCGCUCCAGUGCGUGGCGGAGGGGAGUGACGCUCUCCUCUCCUGUUUUCGGUCGCUCCAGUGCGUGGCGGAGGGGAGUGACGCUCUCCUCUCCUGUUUUCGGUCGCUCCAGUGCGUGGCGGAGGGGAGUGACGCUCUCCUCUCCUGUUUUCGGUCGCUCCAGUGCGUGGCGGAGGGGAGUGAAGCUCUCCUCUCCUGUUUUCGGUCGCUCCAGUGCGUGGCGGAGGGGAGUGACGCUCUCCUCUCCUGUUUUCGGUCGCUCCAGUGCGUGGCGGAGGAGAGUGAUGAAGACACAGGUUUCUACUCCGAGGGGGAGGAGCCAGACACACACACAAGGAGGAGUCUCUGUGUUGCCUUUAGGUUUCCCACCAAAAUACUCUCUGCCAAGAAAGGGGAGGCACCAAAGAAACCCCAGCCAAUCACUACCGCCCCUCCGGAGAGGAGAACCAAUGAAAAGGAGCAUCUGAAAAGGGGUGUGUCUCAGGUGUCCCGUGGGAUGGUGACACGGGGUCAGAAACAGCCUCUAAAAAAAGAGGAGGUUGAAUCUCCAAUUCUAAAUAAACGAGCCAAGAACAUCCAGGAGAACAAGGCCAUGUUGGCCAAGCUGUUUGCUGACCUGACCAACAUGGCUGAACUCCCCCCUUCUACCAUGAAGAAGAGGCGUGUGAGUGAGAUGCCGACCCCUCGUAGACGAGGUGUGUAUGAGGGGGGCGAGAGGAGGAACCCAUCGCGUGCGGCCAGACCGCCAGAGAAGUUUGGGGUGGAGGAGCGGAGUACCUCCCCCUCACGGCACAACAGAUCUGUGAGGACUAUCUGUGUCAGGAAACUACUGGAGGUGAAUGAUGAGCUGAGUAGAAGUGGGAAGAAGAGGAGGGCGAGCAGCGGAAAGAGGAGGAAGAUUACACAUGUGAGAUCAGUCGAUGAGAUCACAGAGGAAGAGCUGGACAACGUGGCGGAAGGCGCCAAAGACAAGAUACUGGACAAGGACCACGGCAGCACUUGUCAUCAGUGUAGGCAGAAGACUCUGGACACCAAGACGGUGUGUCGUAGCGGAGUAUGUUCAGGGGGCAAAGGUCAGUUUUGUGGGCCCUGUCUGAGGAACCGCUACGGAGAGGACGUACGCUCUGCCCUGCUAGAUCCAGACUGGGAGUGUCCUCUGUGUAGAGGUAUCUGUAACUGCAGUUUGUGUCGACGGAGAGAAGGACGUUGUGCAACAGGACAACUCGUCCAUUUGGCUCAACAUAAGGGCCACAGCAACGUCCAAGAUUACCUGGAGAGCAUCCAAAAAGAUCUUCGAGCCUAGAGACAAGACCAGACAAGCAGACAGCUCCCCCAUUGGUCAGGACAGACAAUUACACCCUGGAGGCCCAGAGGGAGAUACACCCUCUGUCUGCUGGGUGUCUCAAUAGCCUCUCCUUUCUCCUGAAGUGUACACCCUUCACUACUUCCCACAAAUCAGAAAGCAUUGGAUUUGCAGAGGCAUGGGCUAAAGGGAGUUUCCACCAUAUUUCUUAUACCAGUCAUUUCCCUACAAAUCAAUGGAUGGAAGUGAACAAGUGCACACUUUGGGCAGAAGGAGAGAUAAUUAAGACGUAGUCAUACUGACACACAGAAUUGUUGUGCUUUAGUACUGCCACAGUUCAGACUCGAGUCCAGGGUUUGGGAUCUCUAGAUGGUCUAGAACAAUGUUCCAGAACAAUGUUCCUCAAUGACUGCCACGUCCCUCUAACACCUUAUUUAAUCACAGUCAUGUUCAGAGACAGGAGGUCUGACAGGAGGUACUACCUGACAUUUUCCAGUAAGAACAUGUAAUUACCAUUUAUUGUUGCAAAAUGUUUUGCUACGGUGUACACCACUGAAUAUGACCCAGGAAAACCAUAACUUGUGGCUCUCUGCAACUAAAAAGAUUGAGAAACAUCGGUCUAGAUGGAUAUCUGUGGUUCCAAGUCUGUUUACACAGGCAGCCCAAUUCUGAAAUCAUAUUUUUAUGCAACAGCGGUCAGGCAGUGGAGUUGAACUUUUUAUUAGACCUUGGAUGGGGCGGAGGGUGCAGACAUCCGCUGUUAAAUUCAAUACCUUUUUAAUUUGGGGAAUAAUGUUUACGCACCUAUUAUUAUGCUAAAUUGGCAUAGUUUGAGUUUACGUUACUUGAGAGUUUACACCUAUUUUACCACUGCAUCCCUAGUAGUAAGACAUGGUCUACCUUUUACUGAAAGAAACAGAACAUAGCCAAUACAAUUGGACCUAUGGGAUGUAUAGUGUACUGUUUAUUACACUGUUUUAAUGGUUUUUUCUUCUAUAUUGAGUUAAAGUUUUAAGACUGCUUCUGAAAGUAGACACUGUACGUUAGCUGAAUCUAAAAUAAAGAACUGAAGUUCAAAUGUUUACUA